GGCGAGGGGGGCUGAGAAAGCCAAAGACAAAUGCUCAAAGGGGUAGGGAGUGUAGGACCACUUUGAGACCCACAAGAGUUGUUGUUUCCCCCCUCGUACUGUUUGUUUCCAGUCCCUCUAACAAGCAGCGCUUAAUGAUCCAACGCACUCGGGGCUUGUCCGGCUUCUCUCUCCGGUUCCUGGAGAUCCGCACAACGGAGACCCGCUGCAGUGGAGGCAGUUGUUCCUCUUCGAUGUAAUGAGAACUCUCCCACUUUUUGGGGGGAACUUUUCUCUCUCUCUCUCUCUCUCUCUCUCGGUGCGUCUGAGUUUCUGAUUAAGUAUUUAAUUUUUUAAGUUUUUCCACGCCCAAUCAUGUACGGAUAGCGGACGGUUCGCGCAGGAAUCCGGCUCAAGUGGAUCAGCGCUGACGGGUUUCUGGAGACGGGAUUACACGGCACCGUGGCAACUCGCUGAACGCCCACACACGGGCCCGAUAACGCACCAUCUGGCCCGGAGUAAAUAACACUUCUCCAGAUUGGACAAUAUCAAUGGAUGGACUUAUGACACUGCUUUGAAUCUGGCCGAGUCAAGCAGCCAUAAUGGCAAACUCCAAUCUUUCAAUGCAUGGUCUCUGCAGAGCUGUUUGGCCUCUUGGCUGCGUGCUUCUGAUGUUUGGCUACUUCUCUGUGGCUUCCCCGCACCACGGUCGGCAGCUGAUCUGCUGGCAAGCCAUCCUAAAUUGUAAAAACGAGCCCGGUUGCAACUACGCAUAUGACCACUACGUCCAGGCCUGCGAGCCUGUGCUGAGCGGGGCUAAGAAGAGGUGUCCCAGCCACUGCAUCUCCUCGUUAGUUCAGCUCAACUUGACCAAAAGCGGCCCGGCUCUGGAGGACUGCAGCUGCGGCGAAGACUUGAGAUGCGCACGCACCAAGCGGGCCAUCGAGCCGUGCCUGCCGAGGACUACCAGCACGGGCUGUACAGAAGCCCGGCUGCAGUGCGGGAGAGACGCACAGUGCAGCUCCGCCAUGCAGGACUACUUGCACCACUGCGGGAAACUUUUUAACGGCGCGAUCUGCACGAACGCCUGCCGGAAUGUGAUCGCGAACAUGCGUAAAAUCCCCAAGGGUCAGAAGCUAGAGACGUGCAUGUGCGACGGGUCGGAGAGGACCAUCUGUGAGUUCGUUAAGAGCAGCAUGAAGAUGCUGUGCGUCGACAAUCCAGACCCAGACAGGGAAUACGGCAGCGGACGAUGGCUCGACCAGGAGGACGAUGAUGACAACCCGGACGGCACAGUGGAACCGUGGAGCAGAGCCUCUCUCCCGGCUGCGGGCCGCUGGGGUCUGACCCUACUGGCUUCUAUUUUGGGUCUAUCGCCCCUCCUUUAAUCUAAGGGUUUUCAAUUGUUCCGAUAAAAAGGCAAUCAAAACUUUUGUCAUCCAUUGACCUGCUAUAGUAAAAGCCUGACAAACUGAACAGAGUUUUCUGCGUCAUCAUAACUGCAAAAUCCUCUGCAAAAAAGGAUUAGAAAGAUCUGACACCACUGCAGAUGCUUUGCUUAUGAGAUAAGCUAAACAGAAUUGCCUACUUUUUCCGGUCACAGACUCUCAUUGUCAUCCCGUCUUAAUCAGCUGUGCACUGCCAAUCUUUCUCCUUAGCUGUAAAGUAUGAACUAUUUUUGUAUAUGACAAGGCAGUUGCCAUUUGGCACCACUGAUACCUGAUUUACAAAUAUUUAAUGUAACUUGUAAAUAAGAUCAGGAGUAAAAGUGAAACAGUAAUUUAUUACAUGCCUCCAAAUAGCCAGCAUGUGUAUAGAGACUGAGAAUUUCAGCUUUAAAGGGAAUUUAUUUUGACUGAAAAUGGUGUAAAUGCACUGUAAAUAUGUGUAUAGCUAAUAUAGAUUUUCUUUGCUAUUUGUUCAGAAAAUCCUCUAUGUUUUAGGCUAUGAGAUGAUUUAUUCAUAAUGCAAAGUCUAGAUUAAAAGCAAAUGUCUAAAUCCACUGUAUUAUUGCCUUAAUGAUAUCCUUUUCCCCAAAGGCAUAAAGGAAACUUGAAGAUAAAAUUUGUGACUGUGAGUUGUUUGUCUAUUUGUGCCACAUUGCUUCAUUUGACAGUGUUAAACUAGAUGAUUCAUGAAGUUUUGUAAAGUUUUGACUCAGCCACAGAUAUUUCUAAAUUGAUGCUCUGGAUGCAAUAAACAAACAAACAAAAAAUAUAAUUAGCUUUAAUAAACAAGACUGAACAUUUUAGAUAGGGUGUAUUGCAAGCACUUAAGAGGCUUUUUUUUGUUUUUAAUGUGCACUUCUGAUCACUACGUUGCAAUAGCAACCAUUUUUAUGCCUACUGAAUGACAGUAAUGUAAAUCAGUGUGGAAUGUUUUUUUUUUUGCUCAUAAAACUUUAUAUGACGGCUAAAGAUAAAAGAAGAGGUCACUUUUUGUCAGUAAUCGUGGCUUUUGUUGAAAGCUGUAGCAUUGCUCAGCUAAUAUGCUCCAUUUUAAUCAAAUAAAGUACAAUAAUUUGACAAAACUAA